UUUUCUCUUCCCUUUUCUUCUCACUUUCGCCUGUUUCCAAUCAUUAUUUUCCGAGAGAAUCAUUAAAAAAAAGCACAUUUGCUUUUGGAUUUUCCGGGAAAAUUACAAACAAGGUUUUCAUCUGCAAACUUCAGUGAAGCUUCUCAGUGUUGCUGCAAAUGGCCCCAAAGUCGGGCAAAGGCAAAUCAAACAAAGCAAAACCAGAGAAGAAGCAUAAGAAGAAAGAGGAUAAAGUUAUUCCCAGUGUUCUUGACAUCACUGUCGUUACACCCUAUGAAUCACAAGUUGUGCUCAAGGGUAUCUCAACUGAUAAAAUAGUUGAUGUAAGAAGGCUGCUGGCUUCUCAUGUUGAGACUUGUCAUCUCACAAACUAUUCUUUAACUCAUGAGGUCAAAGGGAAGAGAUUGCAUGACAAAGUAGAAGUGGUUACUUUGAAACCAUGUUUGCUCACAAUGGUUCAAGAGGACUACGCCGACGAAGCUCAGGCGGUGGCUCACGUGCGGAGACUCCUAGACAUCGUAGUGUGCACCACCAGGUUCUCGAAGCCCAAACGAAUCCGAUCACAAUCAUCAUCGUCAUCAGGGCCGUCUGUUUCAAAAUCCAGAAAGGUCAACGCUGCUCCUGCGCCGUCCGAUGGAGGAGAAGGGUCAGCAUCAGCGACGGCGUCGAUUACGGAGAGCAUGGAAAUGGCUACCAUUCAUCCAACCCCCAAAUUAUCAGAAUUUUAUGAUUUCUUUUCAUUCUUUCACCUCUCAUCCCCUAUUCUCAAUGUGAGGAGGUGUGAGGAUGAAGAAGAGAGGCAUGAAGGUGACCAUUUUGUAAUGCAGAUAAGAAUCUGCAAUGGAAAGAUGAUGCAGGUGGUUGCAUCAGAAAAAGGGUUCUGUACUGUAGGAAAGCAUUAUUUCCAGGCUCACUCUUUGUUAGAUCUUCUGCAAAAUUUAAGCCAAGCCUUUGCCAAUGCAUAUGAUUCCCUUAUGAAGGCUUUCUUAGAACGAAACAAGUUCGGUAAUCUUCCAUUUGGAUUUCGGUUAAAUACGUGGCUUGUUCCUCCCCCUGUUGCUGAGUUUCCGUCGAGCUUCCUCUCUUUCCCGUUGGAAGACGAACGAUGGGGUGGUAAUGGUGGAGGCCAAGGAAGAAGUGGUGAGUAUGAUCUUUGGCCUUGGGCUACAUAUUUUGCAGUGCUGGCUAGUCUUCCUUGCAAAACCGAAGAGGAGAGGAUGGUCCGAGAUCGCAAGGCUUUUUUGCUCCAUAACCGGUUUAUCGAUGUCUCGAUUUUCAAAGCCGUUGCUGCAAUUCAACAUGUAAUGAAUUCCUGGUUAAUUGCCAAUGGUACUGUGAAUAGCCAUCCUGGCUCGGUCCUUCAUGAGGACCGCAUAGGUGACUUGUCGAUUACGGUAAGACGAGAACCGACAGAUGCGAGUCUCAAGCCUUAUGUAAAGGUUUUUGGCCAUCUUUCAUCUGGCAUGACUGCUAUUGAAACUGCUAAAAAGAACUUACUUGAAGGGAUCACUGCAGAUGAGAGUGUAGCUUUUCAUGAUUCUUCCUCAUUGGGCACUGCCAUUGUUAGACAUUGCGGAUACAUUGUGGUUGUGAAAGUCGUUGGAGAUGUGAAGGAAAUGCAUGGUGCUGAGUAUAUCGAAAUUGAUGAUCUUCCAGAUGGAGGAGCCAAUGCCCUUAAUAUUAACAGCUUAAGGGUUCUACUUCACAAGUCGGGCACUAAAGAAACGAGUGGAGGACAAACACAGCAAGUCAACUUGACUGUUUCCGAAGCUUCUGGAUGCCUUGUUCAGCAAGUAGUUAAAGAGAGCCUGACCAAACUAGAGGAGAUCCUGGUCGCUCGCGAAAGGUCGAUUAGACUGGAACUGGGUUCUUGUUGGGUGCAAUAUCUACAAAAGCUGGAAAGUUCAACAGAAACGACGUCGAAUGGACCCGGUCAUGAUCGUGAGGCUGAACCGGCUGUCAAAGGUCUUGGAAAGCAAUUUAAAUGUUUAAAGAAAAGGGGUAACAUCAAUAGCAAAGUUGACAAGGAAGAAAAUGAUUCUGAGCCAUGCAGUAUGAAUGUGAAUUUUAAUCAAGGACAUCAAAGCAUUGGUGAGUCCAACAAUGACGUGGAAUUGAAGAACCUGAUUUCAGAAGAAGCCUUCUCCCGUCUCGAAGAAAGCGGAACCGGUCUUCACGUAAAGUCACUCAAUGAGCUCAUGAAGAUGGCAUACGAAUAUUAUGACGACAUUGCUUUACCAAAGCUGGUAAAAGACUUUGGAUCGCUCGAGCUCUCACCGGUUGAUGGUUGUACACUAACCGACUUUAUGCACUUAAGGGGACUACAGAUGCGUUCUUUGGGUCAUGUGGUUGAACUUGCCAAGAAGCUGCCUCAUAUACAAUCACUCUGCAUCCAUGAGAUGGUUACUCGAGCUUUCAAGCAUGUCGUCAAAGCCGUCAUUGCAUCUGUCGACAAAUUUGAGGACUUGCCUAUGGCUAUAGCUUCAUCCCUAAAUUUUUUACUUGGAAAUAAUGGAGUGGAAGAUGAUGCUCGAAAUGAAAACGAUGACUAUUCCCUAAAACUGAGGUGGUUAAGAAAGUUUCUUUAUGCAAAAUUUGGUUGGAAACUGGGAGAUGAAUUCCAGCGGUUGCGAAAACUAUCCGUUCUUCGGGAACUUUGCCAUAAGAUUGGGCUAGAGUUGGUUCCUAGAGAUUAUGACAUGGAAUGCAAAGAACCCUUCAGAAGUUGUGAUGUUAUUAGCAUGUUUCCUGUUUGUAAGCAUGUAGAAUGCUCUUCUGCAGAUGGCAGAACGCUGUUAGAAUCAUCCAAGAGGGCUCUUGACAAAGGACAACUAGAAGAUGCAGUUAAUUACGGGACAAAGGCAUUGGCAAAGAUGAUAGCCGUAUGCGGUCCCUACCAUCGAACUACUGCGAGUGCCUACAGUCUUCUCGCUGUGGUUCUCUACCAUACUGGUGAUUUCAGUCAGGCAACUAUAUAUCAACAGAAAGCUUUGGAUAUUAAUGAGAGGGAGCUCGGCCUUGAUCAUCCGGAUACGGCGAAAAGCUACGGGGAUCUUGCUGUAUAUUAUUAUCAGCUUCAACAUUUUGAAAUGGCUUCGAGAUAUGUAAACCGCUCUUUAUUCCUUCUUCAUUUUACUUGUGGAUUCUUUCACCCGAACACCGCUGCGACUUAUAUAAACAUGGCUAUGAUCGAAGAAGGGAUGGGAAAUGUUCAUGUCGCUCUCAGAUAUCUACAUGAAGCUCUUAAAUGCAACCAGAGACUACUCGGAGGAGAUCACAUACAGACGGCUGCAAGCUAUCAUGCCAUUGCUAUUGCUCUUUCAUUGAUGGACGCAUAUUCUUUAUGCGUGCAACAUGAGCAAACUACAUACAAUAUACUUCGAGCAAAACUCGGACAAGAUGACCUUCGUACACAGGACUCCAUUACAUGGAUUGAAUACUUUGAAUCAAAGGCUUUAGAACAACAAGAAGCGGCACGAAAUGGAACUCGAAAGCCAGAUGCAUCCAUUGCAAGCAAAGGUCAUCUUAGUGUGUCGGAUCUCCUCGAUUAUAUUAGUCACGAUCACGAUUCUAAAGGAACCGAUGUACAGAGGAAGCCGCUGCGUGCCAAGGUGAUUCCUAUGAGUGAUAAAACUCAUGAUCCGCAUCACAAUUUAGUAACAGAUACUGCAGAUGUUAAUGAAAUAGGAAUGGUAGCUUCUAAUCGUCUCGAAGAACAAGAGGAAACUAAUGAUGUUACUCGAACUGAGCCGAUAGUAACAAGUGAAUUCGUCGAAGAGACAACUUCCGAUGAAGGGUGGAAAGAAGCCAAUUUGAAAGGCCGGUCGGGAAAUGCCGUCGGAAGGAAGUCCAGAAGGAGGAGAACCGCACUUGCAAAUCUAAAGGUGAAUGGAUAUGCAAACGUUAGAGAGUGCAGCUUCAGGCCAGAAAGUAUUUCACCUGUGAGAAAAACUGCCUCUAAGAACAUUGUAAAGGAGGUGCUUCCUGUGAAGCAAUCCAUGUCCCGUAACUCGAGCCCUGGUGCGAAUUCAGUUAGUUUACGAGCAUCGGUUUCCAAAGGCUUCCCCCCUUCAGUUGUCAUAGACUCGAAAUCGCUUUCUUACAAAGAAGUAGCUGUAGCACCUCCAGGUACAGUUCUAAGGCCAUUGCAGGAGAAGGUAGAAGCACAAAAUGAGAGUGACACUGAACAGAAGAUGUGCACCAAUAUCUCUGUUGUUGAUAAUGUUGCGGAUGAUGAUGAUGAAACCGAAGGAACUCGUGUUAGCGAAAAUCGAUCAGAAACAACUGCUUCUGAACUUGAUAAGGUUACUUCUGAGGCUGCAAAUGUUGCAGAUAAUGAAGAUGAAGGAACUGAAGGAACUCGUGAUGGUGAAAAUCGAUCGGAAGAAGCUGCAAUCGAACUCGAUAAGCUUUCCUUCGAGCCUACAAACAUCGAGGACGGGAACAAUAUCUCUGUUGUUGAUAACUUUGCAGAUCAUGGCAAUCAUGAAACCGAAGUUCCGAGGGGGAGUAAACUAUCAGCAUUAGCGGAACCAUUCAAUCCAGGAUCACUCUACAUGAACCACCAAAUAAAACCACUUGCUUUCACAAGUGUUUAUGAUGUAACAGCCAGUCAAGCCAUGCUUGCUGAGCCCGUCGAACCUCCCGUUGCAGUUCGAGUUCGUUGCGGUCCCCGGUCGCCGUUAUAUCACAAAAACAAUCAUCCUUACACCAUCACAUACCGAACUCCAAACUCGAAACGAACAGAAUUUCGACCUCCGAGAGUUAUGAACCCCCAUGCACCCGAGUUCGUACCAACAAGUGACCCUGCAGUAACCAACAACAAGCUCGAAAAUUCGGAAACUUCUUUGGAUGCCAUAAUGGAAACUCAAUCCAGCAGCUGUGAACAACCAAGAACAUCGGGCGUAAACAAAAACAAAUCGCGGGACGGAGAAGGAUUUACGAUCGUAACGGAUCUAAGGCGAAACAGGAAGCCGUUUACGAAUGGAGUGAAUGCAGGGCUAUACAAUCGUCAUCAAUCAAUAUGUGCUUCAGUUAUAUGAACAUAUUAAUCUUGCUAUUAGGAAAAUGUUGAAAAGGCUGA